GGCUGUCUGUGGAGCAGUCUAAAGAUUUCCUGCAGAUCUCUGAUGCUGUCUGUUUCUUCAUGGAGGAGCUCACCAUCCAUAAGGGUCAACUGGAGGCAACCCUGAAGGAACUUCAGUCCCUGAAGGAUAUGCAGAAAGAUGCUAUUGCUGCUUACAAGGAUAUCACAUCUCUCUUGGAUAGCUUGGAGCAAGGAACGAGGGUACUGAUGCCCAGAGAGCUUAUCUCCAGAAAGCUGAACCCAGGCCUAUACAAAGGUCCCAUCCAAUACAUGAUGUGGAGGGAAAUGCAAUCCUCUCUCUCUCCAGGCUUAUCUUCAUUAACUCUGGACCCUAAAACAGCUCACCCAAAUCUGAUGCUCUCCAAAAAUCGAACCAGUGUGUGGCAUGGUGACAUUAAGCAGGUAAUGCCUGAUGAUCCAGAGAGAUUUGACUCAAGUGUGGCUGUGCUCGGCUCAAAGGGCUUCACAUCUGGAAAAUGGUACUGGGAAGUAGAAGUAGCAAAGAAGACAAAAUGGACAGUUGGAGUCGUCAGAGAAUCUAUCAUUCGAAAGGGCAGCUGUCCUCUAACUCCUGAGCAAGGAUUCUGGCUUUUAAGACUAAGGAACCAAACUGACCUAAAGGCUCUGGAUUUGCCUUCUUACAGUCUGAAAUUGACUAACAAUCUCAACAAGGUGGGCAUAUACCUGGAUUAUGAAGGAGGGCAGGUGUCCUUCUAUAAUGCUAAAACCAUGACCCACAUUUACACCUUUAGUAGCACUUUCAUGGAGAAACUUUAUCCCUAUUUCUGCCCUUGCCUUAAUGAUGGUGGAGAGAAUAAAGAACCCUUGCAUAUCUUACAUCCACAGUAA